UAGCGAACCAUCUUGACGGAACAAGUUAAAUUGAGGGUAAACUUUGAGUUUACGCCACUUGCUGCCCGUGAAAAGGGGCAGAAUAGCAGGACAGGUGCCUGACAGUCAGGGUGAGCGCUGUUGUCUUUACACCUGCGUGGGUUUCCCAGUGUUUGUCUGUGCAGGUGAGCUGGCAGCGAGUGAACAUGAGGUUCAGCGCUGUUCUCGUGUGUGUGACCCUGCUUUGGGUGGAGGGGUCGUUGGGGGACACACCGGCUAACUGCACCUAUGAAGACCUGCUGGGGACAUGGGUGUUCCAGGUGUCCAAAGGGGGACACGACAAGACCGUCAACUGCUCUGUUGAGGCCACAGGUGAGAGCACAGUGACUGUGACCCUGGAGAAACUGUCCAUCGCCACAAAUGAGCUGGGAACCACGGGCUUCUUCACCCUCAUCUACAACCAGGGCUUUGAGGUGGUGCUCGGUGGCUACAAAUGGUUUGCCUUUUUCAAGUACACCCAGGAAGGCUCCAAGGUGACCAGCUACUGUGACCAAACCCUGCCAGGAUGGGUCCACGAUGUGCUGGGGCGCAACUGGGCCUGUUUUGUGGGCAAGAGGGUGACGCCUGUGCCGCCCAGAGCAGAUUCUAAGCCGGUCUUCAGCAGCGGACUGAUCCCGAAGCCGUAUAAAAACAACGGGGACUUCAUUGAUUUAAUCAACACCGUUCAGAGCUCCUGGAAGGCUGUGGCGUAUCCUGAGCAUGAGAUGUACACUUUGCGGGAGCUGCAUUACAGAGCAGGCGGCCCUGCCUCUCGUAUCCCUGUACGUGUUCGCCCUGCUCCUGUGGAAGCUGGUUUAGCCAAGAUGGCGGCAGCCCUCCCCGAUCACUGGGACUGGAGAAACGUUGAUGGCGUCAACUUUGUUAGCCCUGUGAGAAAUCAAGCAUCCUGCGGCAGCUGCUACUCCUUCGCCACCAUGGGAAUGCUGGAAGCUCGGGUUCGGAUCCUCACCAACAACAGCGAUGGCCCUGUCUUUAGUCCUCAACAAGUGGUCUCCUGCUCUGAAUACUCGCAAGGUUGCGAUGGGGGCUUCCCUUACCUGAUUGGGAAAUAUGUACAGGAUUUUGGCAUUGUGGAUGAGUCUUGCUUUCCGUACACGGCAAAGGACACUCCCUGUGGCGUGCCUGCAAACUGCGGUCGAAUGUACACCGCAGAGUAUGGAUACGUAGGCGGAUUCUACGGUGGCUGCAGUGAGACGGCCAUGAUGUUGGAACUGGUCAAGAAUGGACCGAUAGGUGUUGCUUUGGAGGUGUACCCUGACUUCAUGAACUACAAAGGAGGCAUCUACCACCACACGGGCCUUGCAGACUCCAUCAAUCCCUUCGAGCUGACCAACCACGCAGUGCUGCUGGUGGGCUACGGCCGCUGCCAUAAGACCGGACAGAAGUACUGGAUUGUGAAGAACAGCUGGGGUGCCCAAUGGGGCGAGGACGGCUACUUCCGAAUUCGCCGGGGAAGCGACGAGUGCGCUAUCGAGAGCAUCGCAGUCGCAGCUAACCCCAUCCCCAAAUUGUAGAUGCUUUUAAUUCAAAAUCAAAACAAAUGAGUGCCUUGAUCACAAUUUCUAUAAAUGGAAUGUCUUUAGUUUCAAUCUUGACUUAAAAAUAUGAAACUGCAAUUGAUCACAUGGAACGCUGUGGUCCGGCUUCCUUGUACUGAUUAAACUGAUAUUGAAACAUGGAUGUAUAAAAAGAUUGACCCAGCACAUGCAUAAAUGCAUGAAAAGUCACUGAUUGAAGUUUUAAUGGAAACAUUUCCUUGCUACUUCCUUUUAGUGUUUUUAGAGUUUUAAAAAUACUGAAACUGAAAAGGGUAGGAUUGUCCACCAGUUUUCAAAAUCUGAAAUGCUUACUGAAGUCUAAAACUAUAAGAUUGAUACCUAUGAAUAAAUUAAACUGAUAUUGAAACAUGGAUGUAUAAAAAACUGAAAAAUACAACCACUGUAUUUGAUUCGUAUCAUUCUUAAAAGUUUCACCACACACUCUUACCUUAUGUCUUCUUAUUCUAGAUUUUAAUGACAUGGAUAGAGCAGAUUUGUAUCUUGAUGUUGAAUGUGAUUAUUAUUAUUAUUUUUUUAAUCCAGUGUUCCUCCUUUUCUCCAAUUAUGUUUGCUAAUUUUUAUGCUGUUCCUAAAUCCAUGCUGUUACUGCCAACACAAGCCAGAAUGGAUUGAUUGUCCUGUAACGGAUUGUAAAUUCUACAUUGAACAUUUAAAAGGGAAAUGAUUUAUCAGUGUGUGUUUUGUCAGUUGUCCGGCACAGGACUUUUUUCUCUGUCUCAGGAAAGCAUUGCAGAGAAUCGAUGUGUCUUUUGUCCUUGCUUCCAAUUUGACAUCAUUGCUGCCAUGUUUCACGGUGGAUUGCUCCCCGUGGAGCAUGCAAAGAUAAUUUCUCAAAAUAAAGGGAUGCAUCACUUUGCAAAAAACAA